AUGGCUUCCGAAAAACCCGAGGUUCCUGCUUCAGAGGGGCACGUUGAAGAAACCUCUGUGAGAUUUUCUGCCCAAGAGCACGAACCUGACCAAAACAAAACAAUUCCCGACAGAGUUACCUCUUUCUUUGGCGACUGGUAUUACGUCUGGGAGGUCUUUGGAAUCUUGGUCUCAGGCCUCGCAAUUAUUGCUAUCUCUGUGAUCAUCUCUCAGUUCGAUCAUGAAAGGGUUCCCGAAUGGACAGCACGUGCGCCCUUCAAAAAACAGCGCUUUCACCUAUCAAUCAACUCAUUGCUCUCCAUUCUCUCCGUACUGGGCUCAACAUGCGCCAUGAUACCUGUAACGAAAAGUCUGGGGCAAUUGAAAUACCUAUGGUUUAUGGAGCAGGAUCGAAAGUUGGCUGACCUCGAAGUUUUCGAUUCUGCUUCGCGCGGAAAGCUCGGCAGCGCCAAGCUGAUUUGGAAACUUCGAUUCAAACACUUGGCUGUUUUGGGAGGACUGGCAUCGCUGUUGGCUUUAGCAUAUGGCCCUUUUGUACAGAAUAUGCUUAUCACUAGAAUCACUAAUCUACCUUCCAACCAUGACGCCCUUUUGUCGUUCUCACCCUCAUACUUUGGGGGGUUUCCAAGCACGAAAGGGGCCGACAGCAUACUUAUGCAGUCAUUUUAUGGAGCCAUGAUUGGCAGUUAUACCGACUGGGCCUUUCCUCCCCACGAGUGCAAAACCGGCGAGUGUGUUUGGGAAGAAUAUGAUACUCUCGCCGCUUGCAGUCAUUGCACCGAUAUCAGCCACCUUCUUACACGCACUUGCACUCCAAAGAUCACUACCAAAGACAAACUUGACGAUGCGGUAGGAUGCAAUGUGGCUUUGCCCAAUGGCUUUUCCUUCGACCACGUCUCUUUACCCGCAUCACAUAAUGACUCUCAUAGAAUCGUAAUGGCAAUGAACACUACGGUGCCGGCCCUUGUUUACAACAACUAUACGGACCCAUUAGCUUUUGUUCAAUCCAUACAAGGCUUUCCCGAUAAAGUCUCUGCCUUCAACGCUUCGAACGAACCGGAUGUAUAUAUAAUCACGGAAGAUUCAAUUCUUUCCGCUCAAGAAUGCGUCAUUGUUCCUUGCAUCCAGAGGCAAAAUUUCAAUAUCACUCGUUCGGUAACGAGCGGCACCAAAAAUGUGGUGCUCCGCAAUACUGGCGACGCCGUAUCAGUGAUGAAGAUCAUUAAUCAGUGGGAAAAUUACAUGUUUCCUUCAAAGACCGAACUCAGACGACGAUUUGUUUCAAUAGACUAUGACGACCGCAGUGAUAAAGAGAGUAGAAACAAAGAGCAGGAUUGGAUCGACAGUUUUGAAAUAUUUCUGCCCUCAUAUGAGGGCAUGAGAGGAUAUCUCUCUGAUCAUUUCAAUGGCGCCCUCGUCAGCUCACUUGAUAGUCCGGAGUUUUUUGAGACGAACAACCGAUCAUCAGUGUUCUCGAUUUUCAAACUCACAAUGAAAAACCAUUCGUCAACUUUGUACUGCGGAGAUGAAGAGACAACAGCGGUAAAGGAGGAUGGGGUUGUAUGUGCAAUGAAUAGGAUUGCGGCAGCGCUCACAAACGGAUUUCGGCAUGAAUUGUGGCAUAUAGGCGAUCUAGGACAAAUCAAUGGCACGACGUAUGAAGCGCAACAGAUCUGCGUCGCGCAAUGGCAAUACAUAUCAGCGCCUAUAGCUGUCUGGGCUCUAGGGCUGGCGCUCUUCAUUGGCGUCGUGAUUAAGACGCGCCGGGCGAACAUCAAGACAUGGCGCACCAGUCAGCUGGCCACGCUGCUGUUGAGACUGGACCACGAUAGCCACGAGCAUUUGAAGGAUUGGCAGCACAUGAGGGAUGCGGAGCUGCUAGCCGUGGCGCAAGAAGUCAGACUGCGGCUUCAAGUGGACGAGAACGGGCCGCGCUUCGUGAGGGUAAACGCUAAACCGGUGACCGAGUCUAAGGUAUGA